UCCAAGGCUCCGUAGGUAUCAGGAUCGAGAUAAAUAUAUACAAGAUACUAAUAAUACACAUGAAUAAGUCAAAAACAUAUCAAUUUUAGAAAAGGUCUUAAUAAAUUGCGUUUGAUCUACAUAUAAAAUUAACGAAAUAGGGUGUACAAAUGCCUACACACGCAUCUUAUCUUCAAAUACCAGCGACAUUGCGACUGUUUUUUUUGGUUGAACUUGUUUGUUUAAACCUUGUUUUAGACAAAAUACAAUAAAAGCAAGGACUAAAAACUAGCCAGUUAAGUAGAAAAUUGAUUAAUCAAUGGCUUAAAAUUACGUGGGCAAAACUUAAGGUUUUAGUUAGAAAGAAUUAUUCAACGGAAUAUAAAAAUAUAACAAUAUGAACGACUAUCCUCUUUCGUUUUUUUGUGUGACCCAUUUCGCUAAAUCGUUUUUUUGUUUGACCGCUCAAAGAUCAGAAGUAUUGAAAAAUGAACAUUUUUGCGAUUUUUGAGAGUCAUCCGAUUGUGGCCACCGUCACGGUUUUCGCAAGCACCGGCUUAGCCGCGGAGCUAAUAGUGAAAGCAAUAAAAUAUGUACGCAGCAAGACGCGACGACGUCGGGUCCACGAGGUUCUCUUUUUCAAUGAACUGGGAGAAAUUUGUUACAAGGAGCAUCAGAACCAGGGUACGCAAUCAGCCCCCAAAACUUUUCAAUGCAGAAACAAGCACUGCAGCUUGAGACAGUUGGAGAAGAUAACUAUGCUGAUCGAUGAGGCUCAAUACUCUAUUGAUAUAUGCAUAUACACAUUCACUUCUACGGAUUUAUUCUUGGCCAUAAACCGCGCGCUGGAUCGGGGAGUGUCCAUUCGCAUGAUCAGCGAUCACGAAAUGGCCUAUUCCAGUAAAUCGAAGGUACUGAAACUGGCUGAACUCGGUGUACCCCUGCGCGGACCUUUCACAACCAAAGUCAUGAUGCACCACAAGUUCUGCGUGAUCGAUGGCGUGGCCCGGGUGCAAGAGAUUCUGGGACUCAAGAAGUGCAAAUGGCCACGGCCCUACGGAAGCGUCCUGAUAAGCGGCUCUGUCAACUGGACAUAUAAUGGAUUCGUUGGAAAUUUCGAGAACUGCACGAUUACCUCAGACGAGAUUUUGGCUUGUCAAUUCCAGGAGGAGUUCAACCGCAUGUGGAACGCUUUUUUGGUGAAGGAGUAGGAGUUCCUAAAGAAGAGCGUCUACAAUAUCUAGUACUUUUAUUAAAAAGUAAAGACAAUUAUCAAAUGUGCCUUAUAUUGUGUACAAUUCUCCUACAUUAAGUUUCUUUAACCAUUACAACAGGCAUUAAAGCCCUCACGACUACGAAGAAUUUAUAGACUA